AAGAGAGUGUACGUGGUCCAUUUCCUUCCUAUGGAGAAAAAAUGGAGAAGAUAAGGCGCACUUUCUGUUAAACACGACAUCGAAGUGAGUUUGUGACGACACCCCAUUUUCAUCAAACGACAUCAAAGGCUCGAUCCAAAACAAAGGCUCUGUUUUUCUCUAAUUCUGUUGCUCUAUUAUAAUAUUAUCGUUGUUAGUGGCAGAGCCACCCAACCCAUCAAGGUGAAACACUCCUUGCAAACCGCAAUAGCCUCCAAAAAACACCACCCAGAGAAUCUUCAAAAAUACCAAACAGCUCGUCUUAGUUACCUGACAAAUUUCUCAUACCGUAGCAUCUUCUCUACUCGAUUUCUAAAGAUACCCUCUUCUUAUCUCUCUAUGAAUCUUUGUCUGUUAUGUGCCUAGAACUUCUUGCGAAAGUGGAUCGUUUUAAAAUUGAAACUUUAUUGGUACAAGGCAGGGAGGAGUCCAAUUUUCUUGUUUUCUACUUCCCAUCUCUUCCUCUGUUGGAAGUAUCUGUGGUCUAACUAUUACACGCAGAGAGCUAGAGACAGUGGAGAGAAGAAGAGGGAACUGAAAAUUUUGUUGAUUUUAGUUUUGAACUUAUGGCUUCUUCUAUUCUUUUUCCGGCAAAUUCUGUUACUGGAACCAGAAGCAAGACUCCUGGGUUCGUGCUCUCUGGGGGUGGCCGGUCGGUGGCCCAGAUGGUGAGGACUCCAAGGUUGUCCUUUGUUCGGUCUUCUUUGGAUUCUUUGGAGACAAACGUGUCUGAUAUGAGUGUUAAUGCUCCAAAGGGGUUGUUUCCGCCAGAACCUGAACGUUAUAGAGGACCGAAGCUGAAGGUGGCUAUUAUUGGGUCUGGGCUUGCAGGGAUGUCAACUGCAGUGGAGUUAUUGGAUCAAGGUCAUGAGGUCGAUAUAUAUGAAUCAAGAACUUUCAUUGGUGGUAAAGUGGGCUCUUUUGUUGAUAGAGGUGGAAAUCACAUUGAAAUGGGACUUCAUGUUUUCUUUGGUUGCUAUAACAAUCUUUUCCGUUUGAUGAAGAAGGUAGGUGCAGAUAAGAAUCUACUUGUGAAGGAUCAUACUCACACAUUUGUAAACAAGGGGGGUGAAAUUGGUGAGCUUGAUUUUCGGUUUCCAAUUGGAGCUCCCUUACAUGGGAUUCGUGCUUUUCUGUCAACAAAUCAGCUUGAGACAUAUGAUAAAGCAAGAAAUGCUUUGGCCCUUGCCUUAAGUCCAGUCGUGAAGGCCCUUGUUGAUCCAGAUGGAGCAAUGAAGGACAUAAGAAAUUUAGAUAGUAUCAGCUUCUCUGAUUGGUUUUUGUCUAAAGGAGGCACACGCAUGAGCAUCCAAAGAAUGUGGGAUCCUGUUGCCUAUGCCCUUGGGUUUAUUGACUGUGAUAACAUCAGUGCCCGUUGUAUGCUCACUAUAUUCUCAUUGUUUGCCACUAAGACGGAGGCUUCCUUACUACGUAUGCUCAAGGGUUCUCCAGAUGUUUACUUGAGUGGUCCCAUUAGAAAGUAUAUUGAAGAUAAAGGGGGCAGGUUCCAUUUAAGGUGGGGGUGCAGACAGAUAAUGUAUGAUAAGUCUACUGAAGGAGAAACAUAUGUCACAGGACUUGCCAUGACAAGAGCUACUAACAAGAAAGUUGUGAAAGCUGAUGCUUAUGUAGCAGCAUGUGAUGUUCCUGGAAUUAAAAAAUUACUUCCAUCCCAGUGGAGGGAAUCAAAAUUUUUCGAUAAUAUCUAUGAGCUAGUUGGAGUCCCUGUUGUAACCGUGCAACUUAGAUAUAAUGGUUGGGUCACAGAGUUGCAGGAUCUUGAACGAUCAAGGCAAUUGAGGCAAGCUGUUGGUUUAGAUAACCUUCUGUACACUCCAGAUGCUGAUUUUUCUUGUUUUGCGGACCUAGCACUCACUUCUCCUGAAGAUUACUAUAUUGAAGGACAAGGGUCAUUGCUCCAGUGUGUUCUUACACCAGGUGAUCCGUACAUGCCUUUGCCAAAUGAUGAAAUCAUAAAGAGAGUCUCAAAGCAGGUUUUGACUUUAUUUCCAUCAUCCCAAGGCUUAGAAGUUAUCUGGUCAUCUGUAGUAAAAUUUGGGCAAUCCUUAUAUCGUGAGGGACCUGGCAAAGAUCCCUUCAGACCAGAUCAAAAGACACCUGUGAAGAACUUCUUCCUUGCUGGCUCUUAUACAAAACAGGACUACAUAGACAGCAUGGAAGGAGCAACUUUAUCUGGCAGACAAGCUUCAGCAUAUAUAUGUGAAGCUGGUGAAGAGUUGUUAGCAUUGAGGAAGAAGCUCACUGCCACUGAAUCUCCAGAAACCACAGAGUCUGCUCCUGUUACUGAUGAGCUAAGUCUUGUAUGAUAUAUUGGUGACUCAAAGUCUUUUUUCUUAUUUAUGUAAUUCAAAUGAAAUUAUAUUACCAAUAUAAAAGGCUCAUUUCAUCCUA